GCAUGCUGGUCAUUAGUUACAGACGCUAGGCACAAGAAUCGUGUUUUAUUUCCUAAGGAUUUCUUUAUAAAAUCUUAAUUUUUGGUUCACUUAACCACAAACAGUGCUAAUGGGUUAAAUAAUAACCUAUCUUGGACUGAUAUGUUGCAGAUUUCUGCGAAUAUAUCGCAUAUUUAGGUCAAAGUUUUGGUUGACCACAAAGCUACGAAGCUCGAGAGCUGAAAUUGGAUCGCUAUUGAAUAUGUCUCUCGAUAGAUACACAAUCGGUAAAUGUAUCGGCAAGGGAAGCUAUGGGGAAGUGUUCCUUUCUAAGCACAAAAAGGACAAAAAGCAGUAUGUUCUGAAAAAAGUGGAUUUACAGAAGGCCUCUGUCAGGGAGAGGAAAGCCGCAGAACUCGAGGCUAAGUUAUUGUCCCAACUGCGUCACCCCAACAUUGUGUCUUACCGGGAGUCCUUCCAAGAUGACACAGGCUUCCUGUAUAUUGCAAUGAACUUCUGUGAGGGUGGGGACCUGUACUCUCGGCUCAAAGCUCAAAAAGGGAUACCACUGGAUGAAAAUCAGAUUGUGGAAUGGUUUGUCCAGAUCGCCAUGGCAUUACAGUAUAUGCAUGAGAAGCACAUUCUUCACAGAGACCUCAAGACACAAAAUAUAUUCCUGACAAAAAGUAAAAUCAUUAAGGUUGGUGACUUAGGUAUUGCAAGGGUCCUGGAAAGCUCUUCUGACAUGGCAACGACACUGAUAGGAACACCAUACUAUAUGUCACCUGAAUUAUUCUCUAAUAAGCCAUAUAAUCACAAGUCUGAUGUCUGGGCUCUGGGCUGCUGUUUAUAUGAGAUGUGUACUUUGAGGCAUGCAUUUAAUGCCAAAGACAUGAGUUCACUGGUCUACAAGAUCCUCAAAGGGAAGACACCUCCCUUGCCAAAGCAAUACAGCACAGACCUCUGCUCAAUCAUCAAGUCUAUGUUAGACCAGGAUCCUGAUAAGAGACCUAGCGCAUCUCGUCUACUGCGACACCCUUACAUCAAGAAACAGAUUGCUCUUUUUCUAGAAGGCACAAAAAACAGACAGAAACAAAGAAAGAAUUUGAUCAGUGAAAGGAUAGAAGAGGUUUCAAGUAAUGAACCCUCAUCCAAGUCCCAAUCCCAAUCUUCAGAUCCCAGUCUUCAUUCCUCCAUAGCCACAGUAUCUGGAGUUGACUGUGUCAUUGAAGAGCCAUCCUCACCUCCAAGAUUAGUACCAAGACAGAGAAGCAAAGAGCCCAGCUCACCAGCACGUAGCUCUGUGGAGAGCAACAGCUCCAGUUCGUCAACCAGUUCCUCUGAGAAGGGACAGACAGAGAUUCAUGUCCAUGAUUCAGCUGAGCAAAAGAAAAAGCUUGAGAGACAGCGGGAGUUGAUAAAGAAGCAGAUGGCAGAAAGAAGACGGUCAGAGAGGUCAAAUAAAGAGCAACAGAGAAAUAAUCUUCAGGCUGAUGAAAGAGGCAACCAAGAGGAUGAGAAGAAGCCAGUUCCGCGAGCGAGAAGUGCAGGGAGUGUCCCAAAGUCCCCUGCUGUCCGUGAAGAGGCUCCUAGUAGACCAUCAUCUGCAAGGAGACCCCUGCCCCGCCCUCCCGUCCUUACACCACGCAGCAAGGGAAACCCAAGUAUAUCCAACAGCCCACGUUCUCGCAGACGGUAUAAAGUCAGCAGUGGCAUCGGACACCAUCAAACCUCUGCUGACGAUGAUGAUGAGGAUGAUGACAAAAGCACAGCAUCUGUUGAUUCUGACAAAAGUUUGCAGUCAGCAAAUGAAUCUACACCGCAGUCAGGUAGUAUGUCUGCCCGAGAGCGACGCAGAAUGAAGCAGAGGUCGUCAGAUGUAAUGAGUCCAGCCGUGUCAUUGAAUGCACCUCCACUACCCUCCCCACGGGAUCUCAUAGCUGCAGCAAGGGUCAGAAAAUCCCAAGAAGGCAUGGGAGAUGUAACUCCAAGAUCAUCUAGUCGAGAUAGGCCCAACAGAAGUUCAUAUGACAGUGUGGAUGGUCCACGACCAAAGCCAGUUACAGACCAGGUGCCAGUAGACAGUAGUGGCAGUGACAGCACAGGGUCUGACCUGGAAGAAGUCACUGUUGAUGAGCCGGCCUCUCAACAGCCUCAAGUCAGGAAACACCGUCACCUUAGUGACGUUAGCUCUUUGAUCAAUCAGCUUGAGACCACGUUAAAGGUAGUGGACCGGUCAGCAGAUGACAGAGAAUCGCCUGCCCAGUCCCCCUCGCCUACAAAUGAGCCGCCAACGUUUCCCUGUGGUGCAUCUCCGACGACAUCUGGUCGCUUACGAGACAGAAUCGAUCGCCUCAGAAGUGACUGUAUUCACGGUAUUGGUGAAUCGCAGCUGACGCAGGCGUUACGGAUUAUCGAGGCUCUUGAGGAAGAUGACGUCGAGGAUGCACUAAUAGAUCUCAUGGGUAGAGACAAGUUUGAGCAGUUUGGUGGAGCCAUUUGGCAGCUAAAGUUUUGUGAAGACUUCCAAGUUAGCUAGCUCAAGUCAGCUAUUAUAGAUAGGUUGCUAUAUAGCUGUAUAGCUGGUUCGGUAGGGUUAGCUAGAUAAGUGGGUAGGUAGGUUAGCUAUAAAUUUCGAUAGAUAGGUUAUCUAGCUAACGGAAUAAAUAGUUGAGCAAGAGUUGACACUCCCUCAAACAAACAAUCUGCACACAAGCGGUUUCCAUUACAGCAGAGGCGAACUGAUGAUGAGCAGAUUUAUCAUCUUUUUAGGUUAAAUUAUUGAAGAUGGAGGGAAAGAGUGAGGAUGAAGGAGA